CGUUACGCAGACGUGAAGCCUCGCUUCCCUCCCUCGACACCCAGGGCCAGAGUCAGAGCAGCAGAAACCAGACACCAUGUGUGACGAAGACGAGACCACCGCCCUCGUGUGUGACAACGGCUCUGGCCUGGUGAAGGCCGGCUUCGCCGGGGACGACGCCCCCAGGGCCGUGUUCCCGUCCAUCGUGGGGCGCCCCAGACACCAGGGCGUCAUGGUGGGUAUGGGUCAGAAGGACUCCUACGUGGGCGACGAGGCCCAGAGCAAGCGAGGUAUCCUGACCCUCAAGUACCCCAUCGAGCACGGCAUCAUCACCAACUGGGACGACAUGGAGAAGAUCUGGCACCACACCUUCUACAACGAGCUGCGCGUGGCCCCCGAGGAGCACCCGACCCUGCUCACAGAGGCCCCCCUGAACCCCAAAGCUAACCGGGAAAAGAUGACCCAAAUCAUGUUUGAGACCUUCAACGUGCCUGCCAUGUACGUGGCCAUCCAGGCCGUGCUGUCGCUCUACGCCUCCGGCCGUACCACCGGCAUCGUGCUGGAUUCUGGGGACGGUGUCACCCACAACGUGCCCAUCUAUGAGGGUUACGCCCUGCCGCACGCCAUCAUGCGUCUGGACCUGGCCGGUCGCGACCUCACCGACUACCUGAUGAAGAUCCUCACGGAGCGUGGCUAUUCCUUCGUGACCACAGCCGAGCGGGAGAUCGUGCGCGACAUCAAAGAGAAGCUGUGCUACGUGGCCCUGGACUUCGAGAACGAAAUGGCCACCGCGGCCUCGUCCUCCUCGCUGGAGAAGAGCUACGAGCUGCCCGACGGGCAGGUCAUCACCAUCGGCAACGAGCGCUUCCGCUGCCCGGAGACGCUCUUCCAGCCCUCCUUCAUCGGCAUGGAGUCGGCGGGGAUCCACGAGACCACCUACAACAGCAUCAUGAAGUGCGACAUCGACAUCCGGAAGGACCUGUACGCCAACAACGUCAUGUCGGGGGGCACCACCAUGUACCCCGGGAUCGCCGACCGCAUGCAGAAGGAGAUCACGGCCCUGGCGCCCAGCACCAUGAAGAUCAAGAUCAUCGCUCCCCCUGAACGCAAGUACUCCGUGUGGAUCGGCGGCUCCAUCCUGGCCUCGCUGUCCACCUUCCAGCAGAUGUGGAUCACCAAGCAGGAGUACGACGAGGCUGGCCCCUCCAUCGUGCACCGCAAAUGCUUCUAGGCGCCGCGGCGGGCGCCUGCGCUCUCUCCUCAGGACGACAGCCGUGCCGAGGUGGCGGGCGGUGGCCCCGGCCGCCGCCACCGCAGCCCGCACCUGUUUUUGACGUGUACAUACAUUGACUCGUUUUACCUCAUUUUGUUAUU